UUGUGCCGCGCCGCGGUCACGACAGACUAAUGUUUCAAAAAUUUUUUUACUACCAAAAAAUACAUACAAAUAACAAAAAAAAUUAAUAAAUAAAUUUAUAUAUAAAUUUUUAAUUGAAAAAAAAAUUAUUAACUUUUUAAUAACAGCUAUUGGUUUUGCAAUUUUUUCGGUAAAUUUCAUUUCUAUCAGUGAUCAUUGAUUUAAUACAUCACAAACAAAAGAAUUUUAAAUAUAAAUAAUUAAUUUUUUUAUUUGUUUUUUUAAAAAAAUAUAUAAUUAUGAUAAUAAAUUUAUAUAUAUUUUUUUUUUUUAAUAUUAACAAAUAUAUUAAUUGAAUAAUAUGUUGAUUUAUUUUAAAAUAAACAUUAUUAACUGACCAACGGAAAUGGACACUUGUGAAGUGGGUGAUAAAUUUUAUUAAUGAUUAAAUAGUAUUAUUUAUUAUUUUUAUAAUUUAUAUUAUUUAAAUUGUGGCUAAAAUUAUAUACUACAGUAAUACAGAGAGCUUUUUUUUUUUUUUACUCUUUUUUUUGGGUGAAGUUUUUUUUAUUUUUUUGUGUAUCGAUUUAUAAUAUUUAUGUAGUGACUUAUUAGUAUUUUAUAAAAAUUAUUUUUGAUUUUGUGAAUACCCAAAGUGGAAGUGAACUUAUUAAUUAAAGAAAUUUAUAAUAUUUUUUUAUUGAUCAAAGCGUGUGCGUUUAUUAUAAUUAUUAUUAUUUUAAUGUUGGAUAUCUGUAUUCGAUCUGUCAGAUUUAUUCAAUGCGACGACAGAUGCUACGAUGAGAACCAAAUAGUCAUCGUACAUUGAAGAAAGUAAAGUCAAGAGAAACCGGUCGACAUUUAUUUUCAAAAAAAAAAAAUAAAAUAAAAUAAAAAAACUGUCGUAAUGAAUUAUCUUUGGGCGUUGUUACUUCAGUUGAUAUUCAACUCGCACUAUGGAAGUGCCAUAGACAUAUCACAAUGUAUCGGUCCUCUGGGAAUGGAAGCUGGAAUAAUACCGGAUUCUGAUAUUACUGCUAGUUCGAGUUUUGACAGUGGAAAUGUUGGACCUCAUCAUGCGAGACUUAAACAAGAGCGUAAUGGUGGUGCAUGGUGUCCAAAAAAUCAAGUUACAACUGAACCCCAUGAAUGGCUUGAAAUUGAUUUACAUACUGUCCAUGUCAUUACAGCAACUAGUACACAGGGUCGUUUUGGCAAUGGUCAGGGUGUUGAAUAUGCCGAAGCUUAUGUUCUUGAAUAUUGGAGACCAAAACUUGGAAAGUGGGUUCGUUAUCGAGACGUUAAUGGUGAAGAAGUAAUUAAAGGAAAUACAAAUACAUAUCUUGAAUCAAAACAUGAACUAGAGCCAACAAUAUGGGCAAGUAAAAUACGUUUUAUGCCAUACAGUUAUCAUCGUAGAACAGUUUGUAUGCGUGUUGAAUUAUAUGGCUGUCAAUGGAAUGAUGGUAUUGUAUCAUAUGAAAUGCCACAAGGUGAUAAAAAAAGUACUUGGGAAUUUUUUGAUGCAUCAUAUGAUGGCUAUUGGGAUGGUGGUGAAUUAAGACGUGGUCUUGGACAAUUAACUGAUGGUUUAAUUGGUCCAGAAGAUUAUAAAUCUGGAUUUUAUAGUGGUGGACAAGGAUGGAUUGGAUGGAAAAAUGAUACAAGAGUUGGUCAUCCACUUGAUAUUAAAUUUGAAUUUGAUCGUGUACGUGAAUUUUCAGCCGUACAUAUUUUUUGUAAUAAUCAAUUCACCAAAGAUGUUCAGGUAUUUUCCCAGGUCGAUAUACUUUUUAGUAUUGGUGGUAAAUAUUAUACUGGUGAUCCAAUAAUUUAUGCAUACAUGGAAGAUAAAAUAUUUGAAACACCUCACAAUAUAUCAAUAAAAUUACACCAUCGUAUUGGUAAAUUUAUAAAGCUACGUUUUACUUAUGCAGCAAAAUGGCUACUUAUAAGUGAAAUAACAUUUGAUUCAGAUAUUGCGCAUGGCAACUUUACACCGGAAAAUUCACCCCCAACAGAUCCAACAUUUAUACAAAAUCAGAGUACUUUAUCAAAAGAUAGUACAUCACAUCAAGCUGAAAUACCCGUGUCAACAGUUAAACAAGAUGAUCCAACAUAUAUUGCUGUUGUAAUUGGUUGUUCAGCAGCAUUUAUAUUAUUAUCAAGUGUAUUAAUAGCAUUUAUUAUUAGAAAAAAUGAACAAAGAAAAGCAUUUACAAAUACAAUUAAUAAUAAAAAUGUUAUAACAAGUAAUAAUCAUCAACAUUUAACAACAGAAUCAAAUUAUGGUACUGGUAUUGAAAAAGAUAAUUCAUUAAUGACAUAUAGAGUUGAUGAAUAUGAUGAUAGAUAUGCUGGUGGUAAAUUUGCAACAUUACCAAGAGAUCUUAAUGAUCGUUUACUCGGUGAUGUUAGACUUGAUGAAUAUCAAGAACCAUUUCAUGAUAAUAAAUAUCGUGAACAAUCACAAGCUGCUUAUUAUGGAUAUAGUACUGUUGUUAUUGACAAUAAAGAUUUACAUGAUCAUAUUGAAUGUUCAGAUCCUACUUAUGACUAUGCUGUUCCAAUGCCCGUACCAAGUACCAGUAGUGAGCACGAAAGUGUUUUUUCAAAAUCAUCAUCGUCAAGAGGAAGUGCAAAGGCAUGCUUGCAGAGUUUUUUUCCACCGCCACCACCACCACCAAUGAGUAUACCACCCAUUCGUGGUCCCAACAAUGCAACGCAUUCAAAUCCUCCAAGUCCUCAGCUAAUAACAGAGCGUGAACGACGAGGCAGUAAACGUCGAGAUCAUGCGCACACAAGAUACGCAUAUAUAAUACAAUGCACAGAUCUUUCGCAAUGUAUUGGUCCGUUGGGCAUGGAAUCUGGGGCAAUUGCUGAUGAAGAUAUUACAGCAAGUUCAAGCUUUGAUAGUGGAAAUGUUGGACCACGUCAAGCAAGAUUAAGAACAGAAAAUAAUGGUGGUGCAUGGUGUCCAAAAGCCCAAAUAACAAGUGAACCACGUGAAUGGUUGGAAAUUGAUUUACAUACAGUAUAUCUGAUAACUUCAACAAAUACCCAGGGUCGUUUUGGUAAUGGUAUGGGUGUUGAAUAUGCUGAAGGAUAUCUACUAGAAUAUUGGCGUCCUCGACUUGGUAAAUGGGUGCGUUAUCGUGACAUCAAAGGAAAUGAGGUAAAAUUUUAUUUUUCAAACAGAUUUUUAUGAUAAAAAUAAAAAUCAUUUAAGAAUACUUGAAAAAAAUCAAUGCCUUUUUUUCUUUAGAUUAUCAAAGCAAAUACAAAUACAUAUUUGGAAUGUAAAAAUGAAUUAGAUCCACCAAUUUGGGCAAGUAAAAUUCGUUUUUUUCCCUACAGCAAUCACAGAAGAACAGUCUGUAUGAGAGUUGAAAUUUAUGGAUGUUAUUGGAUCGAUGGUAUUGUCUCGUAUUCUAUGCCCCAGGGAGACAAAAGGGGAAAUGAGUGGGAAUUUUUUGAUGUUACAUAUGAUGGAUAUUGGGAUGGUGAAUUGACAAAUGGUCUUGGUCAAUUAAUUGAUGGUAAAAUUGGUCCAGAUAAUUUUAAAAUGGGCUAUUAUGAUAAUGAAAAAAAUCAAGGAUGGAUUGCAUGGAAAAAUGAUACAAGAUUUAAUAAACCAAUUGAAAUUAAUUUUGAAUUUGAUAAAAUACGUGAAUUUGCUGCUGUACAUUUAUACUGUAAUAAUCAAUUUAGUCGUGAUGUUCAAGUUUUUUCACAAGUUGAAAUAUCAUUUAGUAUUGGUGGUAAUUAUUUUACUGGUGAGCCAAUUAUUUAUACAUACAUGGAAGAUAAAAUAUUUGAAUCAUCAAGAAAUAUAACAAUAAAACUUCAUCAUAGAAUUGGUAAAUUUGUAAAACUUCAACUUUAUUUUUCAUCAAAAUGGAUUAUGUUAAGUGAAAUUGUAUUUGAUUCUGAUAUUGCACAUGGUAAUUUUACACCAGAAGAAUUUUUAUUAACAACUGAAUUGCCAUCACAAACUGAUGAUAUACCAGAUGAUAAAAAAUUUAUAAAAAAAUUAAACAAUGAAAUACCAGUAUUUACAGCUAAAAAAGAUGAUCCAACAUAUAUGGCUGUUAUUAUUGGUAUAUUAACAGCACUUAUAUUAUUACUUGGUGUAUCAAUAUUUUUUAUAGUAACACGUCAUAGACAAAGAAAAUGUUUUGCAAGUCCAAUGGCUGUUAAAGUACCAUCACAUCUUGGUUCAACAUGUGCAACUGUUGAGAAAGGUGCUGCAUUAAUGGCAUUUACAUUGGAAGACGAUGAAAGAUAUCCAGCAGGUGGAUCUGUGACGAAUACUUCAACAAUGAAUCAUGAUGUUGACAAUCGUACAGUUGAUAUUGUCAAACUUGAUGAUUAUCAAGAACCUUAUCAAGCAUUAAAACAUGCUCCAUACUACAGUUACAGUACAAUAAUCAUGGAAAUGAAAGAUAUGAUGUUUAACAACAUGUCAUCAAAUGCAAUUAAUUAUUCAGCUGUACCUGAAUUAAAUAGUACAACAGUACCAUUAUUAAAUUGUGAAACUGGUGCAUAUUCAACUCAUGAUAUUGUAUCAAGUUCCAUGUCAAGUGCAAGUGAUCAAGAAAGUAUAUUUUCAAAAGGCUCAUCACAAAAUAGUCGAGUCAAUGAUAAAAAUUCACCAACACAACAGGAUGUGCUUACUGCAUUAAAAAAACGCUUGGAGCAAUCAACUGUUCCUCUUUUUCCUCGACAUAGACUACGAAUGCUUUCAAAACUUGCUGAAGGAGCUUUUGGAACGAUAUAUGUUGCUGAAGCUGAAGGAAUACCAGAAUAUGGAACAUCAAUGACAACUCUUGGUAAAAGAUUAGUUGCUGUUAAAUUUUUAUUAACCGAAGCAAGUGAAAAAGAAAAACAAGAUUUUCAACGUGAUGUGAGAAUACUAGCAGCACUUGAAGAUAUUAAUAUUGCAAGAGUACUUGGUGCUUGUUGUCGUGAAGAACCAUAUUGUGUUGUGAUGGAAUAUUUAGAGCAUGGUGAUCUUUGUCAAUUUCUUAAAUCACAUAUCACUAUUGAUGACUCGCAUUCAAUGCCAAUUGGUGUUAAAACACUCAGUUUUAAUUGUUUAAUUUAUAUGGCAGCACAAAUUGCAUCUGGUAUGAGAUAUUUAGAAAAUUUAAAUUUUGUACAUCGAGAUUUAGCAACGAGAAAUUGUCUAGUUGGAAAAGCUUAUCAUAUUAAAAUAUCAGAUUUUGGCACUGAUAACGAACUCUAUGCCAAUGAUUAUUAUAAAGUUGAAGAUGGUGCACUUCUUCCAGUUCGUUGGAUGGCUUGGGAAUGUGUUUUAUUGAAAAAAUAUACAACAAAAAGUGAUGUUUGGGCAUUUGCAGUGACAUUAUGGGAAAUAUUAAAUUUAGGCAGACAUAUACCCUAUGAAAAUUUAUCAGACGAACAAGUUAUUGAUAAUUUACAUCGUUUUCAUCCAAACAAUACAAGAUGCAAUGAUAUUAACAAUAAAAAAAUAAUAUUUGAAUAUUUACCAAAACCAAAAACAUCAAGCAAAGAUAUCGAUGAUUUAAUGCUCGAAUGUUGGCGUCGUGAUGAAAAUGCAAGACCAACAUUUCGUGAAAUAUCACUUUUUUUACAGCGAAAAAAUCUGGGAUAUGCACCAACAAUUAAUUGUUAAAAAAAGCAACUAUAAUAAACUAACGAAUUCCAUAGUAAUAACAAUCUUUUAAACGAAUAAAAAUAAAAAUCGUUCGAUAGAAUCAGCGAAAUGAACAAUCACAAUCGAAUGUGUUAAUUGUGUUAUUAAAAAACGAAAAACUAAAUGAAAAAUUAUCGCAAUAAAUUUAUGAUAAACAUAUAUUUACUAUAAUUAAUAUUUUUAAUUUAAUUAAAAGAAUAAUUUAAAUUUUAUUUUGUUAUUUUGCCGAUGAAAAUCAUUAAUUUAUUAAGAAAAAUAAUUUUUAAUCGAAAAAAAAAAAAAUCCACAUGCAAUAAAAGUUAAGUUUGAUAAUAAUAUAUAUAUAAAAUAAAAAAAAUUUAUUUACAUAUCAUUUUAAUUUUAUAAUUAUUGUAUUAUUAAAUGCCAAAUUAAAUACGAAGCAAUAUUCGUAAUUGUACAAUUAAUUAUUGCAAAGACAAUUGAUAAAAAAAAAAAAGAAAGAGAAAAUAAAAAAAUUGCUUUGGUUUAUAAAAAUAUAGAGGAUCGUAUAAAAAAUUAAUAAAUUAAAUAAUUAAUUUAUAAUUAAACGUGAUUAUUAUUAUUUAAAACAAUUGCAACAAUUGUAUGUUAUUAUAAAUAAAAAAAUGAGAGUUUUUUAUUAUUGUAAAUAAAUUAUAUUAAAUUAUUGAUAGCCGGGAUCAAUGAAUGAAAAUUUAAACAAUUAAAAAUGAGGAAAUAAUAAAAUUUUAAUUACUCCGACUAUAUAAGUGAGGAAAAGUUUGAAUUUAAUAAUUUAAAGAAAAGAAAAUAGAUAUAUAAUAUGUCCAUAUAAAUGUAAAUGAACAAUGUGACAAUUUUAUUUGAAAUUUAUUCAGAUGAACAACAACGAUGAAUCAAUAAAGUUUCUUCAAUGAAAAAAA